GGGUCAUGCCAGAUACUAUUCGUAUUCCAAACUGCAGAUGGACAUUGAGUAGAAUUCUGAUAUUAGUUGUUUUUACUUUAAGCAAGUAUAAUUGAUUGGUUUGUAAUUAGAAUAUGUUUGCUUCGGUUCUAUUUGCACCUGUAAGAAAAACUAUUUUCUUUUUAUUACGUUUUUUUUUUUCAAAUAGAUAUGGUAUUAUAUGAGAAACUUUCUGAAAUAAGAAACUUAUAUAAGGAAAUUUUUGAAGCCGUUGAACAGUUUAACGUUGUAUUUGGUUGGAUUAUACUUUUUCUAUUUACUGGUACUCUUGUGGAAGUUUUGAUUUGCAUUAAUGAACUGAUGAUUACAAUGACAGGAUCGGCAUCUAUCAAAAUUUUCUUGGAAAAUAUUUUGAAAGCAAUUUUCUACAUAAUAAAUAUUUCGAUAGUUGUAAUGUCUUGCGAUAAAAUAGAAAAAGAAAAUUGCAGUUUCAUCGACAGAGGUUAUUUUUUACAAAGUAAUCUCGAAAAAUGCGUCUUGAGGGAUGAACUACACUAUCUAGUAUCUUGGGCUGCGGAAAUUAGACCGAAGUGUUCCGCUGUAGGAUUUUUUCUUGUCAAUCAAUCUAUAUUGGGCGCUUUGUUUUCCGCUAUGAUUAGUUAUAUGAUUAUCUGUGUGCAAUUCAAUUUCUCAUAAAUAUUAUGAAAUCAUAACAAUCAGCCAUGUAAUAAUAGGGGUAUAACUUCAAAAAAUAUUUUAAUUGUCUACUAAAAGAAGUGAUACUCCUAUGGAUUACGAAUGCUUCAUCAUUUUAUUACUCUCUCAAUAAUAAAAAUAGACUAUAGACGAUUUAAUUUGUUAAAUAUUAGUUUCUGCUUACUGAAUUACCACUGCGGUUAACAUAAAACUCAAAAUUUAUUACAAUAUUGAUUUUUAAAUGAUUCAAUUUACGUGUUUUAUUUUUAAAAUUUUUAUCUUAGUUACGGUAAUAGUAUUUCAAAUAUAAUUACUAUUUUUUUUACUAUAAUUAUCAUAUAGGUAAUAUGUAUCACACUAUUUUUAUCUUCAUUAUAAAACUUGUUCUUACUUGUAGAAAUGACGUUAAUCUUACAAAAUAAAAUUUUUUUUGUUUGACGUAAACUUAUACCAGCAUCAUCUAGCGGUUAAAUUGUAAGAUAUACGAAUUUCCUGUAAGUUUCAAGUAUUAGUCUAGUAUUAAUAUAACCUCUGAGCGGUAGAUGUCGGUAGUGGUUUAUAAAAACUGAAUAUUGUUUAUUUUCGAAA